AGAAACAGGAGGCACAGAAUGAAGAGGGGAGGAGGUGGUGAUAGAGUGAGUCAAAGACAUUGGCUGACAUCACUAUCAAUUUAUUUUCUGUUUGGAGUGAGCAGGUCAGAGACAGACGGAGCGCAGCAGCACGAGGAACUGGAGGAGCACUGCUUGGAAUUUUAACAUUUUCUGUGUACGCCAGAAGGGAUGACUCUUUCACCAAUGAGCAUCCCUGCAAACUUCAGCCAUGACGCUGUGGAUGAAUAUCACAACAACACAGAUAGCAUUUUGUGUCAUUUCGAACUAAGCAGUUGGGUCCCCUUUGUGACUGGAGUGUAUAUCCUGAUCAUCAGUGUGCUGGGAAUCAUCUUGAAUGUGUUUGUGUUGGUGGUUUUCUGGCUCCACAAGAAGGCAUGUACAGUGGCUGAGAUCUACCUGAGCAACCUGGCUGCUGCCGACCUCUUUCUGAUGUCUGUUCCUUCUGUCCUUGCUGUGACUGCAGCAACAGUAGAUGACUGGCAAUUUACUGACACACUAUGCAAAGUGCUCAUGUUUUUUCCCCGGAUGAAUGCCGACUGCAGCAUUUACAUCCUUGCUCUGGUGAGCUUUGACCGAUAUGUGGCACUAGUUCACCCACUGACCGAUGGAAGAAUGCGGAGGCCAUUAUAUGCCAAACUAGCAUGUGUCAUGGUUUGGGGUGUAUGCUUUCUCUUGAAUGUCCCCACAUUUAUAUACAGUGAAGCUACACGUGACCCAGAGGGAAAUUUUACCACAUGUGUUCUUAAAGAUCCAAUUCCUACUAUGUACCUGGUGUUUAAAGGGGUAAAUGAAUUUUGCUGUAUCGUCCUCAUUGCUGUUAUUUCCUUCUGCACUGUCAAUAUUAUUCAUACUUUGCGAAACAGGAUAAAGAACAGGUUAAACACUCAGAAAAAGGAGCAGAAGGCCACCACUCUGGUCCUGGUGGUCCUCCUGGUUUUCAUGAUCUGCUGGGUGCCAAUGCAAGUGGUUAGGAUACUAGACCUGCUCAGUUUACUUAAGAUUCUAAAUGGGUGCCACUUUCUAAAGAAUCUGCAUCUCUGCUAUUUCAUCUUCACCAGUUUAGUCUUAUCCAACAGUGUUCUCAACCCCAUUCUCUAUGUCAUUGUAGGGAAAACCUUCCAGACAAAAGUUAAAGAAUCCUUCACACAGAUGAGCACAACCCUGUCAAUAAGUCAAUAAGCUGAAGAUGCUGCAAGCUGAUCCGCAGUGAUAGUGACCUUUUGAAUUAGGGUGUAUGUUUUAAGGAUCCUGUACAAUUACACUAUUGUUUAUGAGACAUAAUGUCAGAAAAUUAAGCUUUGCUCAUUAUGAUUAAAUAAUCUUAAUAUUCAGGAUGUAUUUAUGUUCAAGCUGUUUCUCAGAAGGGUGAAGCCAAGACACUGUCAUGUUUGUUCAAUUGCAUAUUGCAGUGACAACCUGCUCGCUCUGACAUAUUUUUCAGAGAAUCUUUCUCAACACAGUCCUGGCGCCGUAUUUUCUCUGGACAACAAUUUUGGAAAAUGAAGUCAGGGAUGAGGGCGACUGAAACAUGGAGAUUCAUUAUUUUAUUCCUCUUCUGUGUCUAACAUAAACAGAUUUGUACCACUUCUGGUGCAUUUACCAAAAUCUGACACUCUACCACUUAUAGCCUAACAGUUGUUUCAUUAGCUUUCAUGUUUUCAGAUGCAACACAAGAGCUAAACUGUUACAUAAUUAAACAGGAUUACCACACAUGCUUUACAUCACUGAAGUAAUGGACAAAACCUAAGAUAAUGGAAGUAAUGUAGCAAAGAAACUGAGGCAGACUUUAUGUGUCUAUGUAACAUCAUUUACACUCUUGAUACAACAAGUCAGUGUUUGGAUGUUUCAUACUUGAAUGCAUGUCCACGUAUUUAAAUCUGUUUCUCUGUAUUGUGCCAUGUCUGUGUAGAUUUAUUGUGAUGUAACUUUAUUGUUACCUGCUUGUGACAUUCAGAAACAAUCCUAUCAUAUUUAUAAACCUUGUAAUAUUAUUCACUUUUGUGUGUGACAUUGUACAACUUGAGCAAACUUGAAAAGAUGUGUGCAUGAGCAUUUCUGCUCUGCGUUAUUGGUACUUUUACUAAAGUACACGAUGUGAAUAUUUCUUCUA